GCCGCGGCUGCACAGAUGACUCGCGUACUUUGUUGCACUUCACACUACUUGAUUCUACUUCAUCCUACGUGAUUGUACUUCGUCCUACUUGAUUGCACGGACCCUGUGUUGUGGAUUUAUUUCAUCAGCAACAACUCUGAAGACCACUUCCUUGCAAACGUCAACAAGGAUGUUUCCUCUGACGGUCACUUUGCGCCACAUCUUUUCCACCUCCUUUAUGCUCUGCAGUGCUGCAGUGAUGGCUGAUGGCGAAUGCCCGCCGGUGUGCUCGUGCGCCGCCUGGUCGGGGUCAUGUCCGCCAGGUGUGAGCCUGGUGAGUGACAGCUGUGGUUGCUGCAGAACGUGUGCCAGGCAGUUCAACGAGGACUGCAGCUCCAGCCAGCCCUGCGACCACAUCAAGGGGCUGCGCUGCCACCUGGGGGCGGGAGGACUGCCUGACAGGGGACUGUGCCGAGCGGAGGCACACGGUCUGCCCUGCGACUUCGGCGGCCACGUCUACCAACACGGCGAGAACUUCCAGCCCAGCUGCCGGCACCAGUGCACCUGCAUGGACGCAGUGGUGGGCUGCACGCCCCUCUGCCCCCACCUUCUGCCCCCGCCCGACCGGCGCUGCCCGCGGCCCCGGCUGGCCACGCCCGAGCACGCCUGCUGCGAGGAGUGGCUCUGUGACCAUGACAACCGCAUCGGAGAGGAGGAGGAGGAGCCAGAGGAGCCGCCGCGCCCCCCUCUGCCGGACGCUCCUCCCCCCAACCGCAUCAGUACCUUGCCGCUGGUACCACCCAAGUUCACAGAUUCAUUCUCCGUGUCUGAGGUGUCGCCGGGGUCCAGAUGUUUCGCACAAACCACCGAGUGGACAGAAUGCUCCGCCUCCUGCGGGAUGGGCCUGUCAAGUCGCGUGACCAAUAACAACCCAGACUGUCAGCUGAUCGGAGAAACCAGGCUGUGUCAGAUACGAGAGUGUGACCCGGAGCUUCCUCUCGCUAUUUGGCGUGCGCGGGGCAAGAAGUGCCAGAGAACUGUUCGGCCGCGGGAGCCGGUCCAGGUGAGCUUCGCCGGAUGCUCCACCCGACGGCGCUACCGCCCUCGCGCCUGCGGGUCCUGCGCGGACGGCCGCUGUUGCACGCCGUCCGCCUCGCGCACCGUGCGGCUGCGCUUCCUCUGCGCCGAUGGCGAGAGCUUCUCCAGGGACAUGAUGUGGAUCCAGCGCUGCAGCUGCAGCCAAAGUUGCCGAGCGCACAGCCGGCCCUCGGGGCCCUCGCUCAGCCUCCACAAUGACAUUCACACCUUCAGGCACUGACUCGUCGGGCCCCAAAGACCGUGCGUCUACCCCCCUUGAAGCCACCCUUGGCAACAUACCCGCUUGCACUUUAAGUCACCCCCCCCCCAUUGAGACUGUUGUACUGAAACCUAUUUUAUUAUUUAUUUGUACAUUUUGCUGCACUUCACAGGCAGAGACCUCUCCCACCAAAAUCCAUCCCUGGAUUUGAUUGACAUUCUGCCUCUCUUUUAGGCCCGGCUAAUAAAUCAUUAUGGAUAA